AGUUUGUUUUGUUGGAUAUGGGGACUUGGCACACAAACGUUAAUUUGGCAACAGAUACUCAGGACAGUUACACUUGCUUUCUAUUUUAUACAUCAGCAAAUUGCUGUCCUUCAGCUGCUGAUAGAUACGCCUGCAGUGUGCUGGGAUGUUUCACCCCGCCUUUAGAGAUUAGACACUUUCUUCGGAGGCAGCAAGGGUUAUUCUACCUUUGGAAAGAUUCUGCCUUGAUUCAACUCCGUCACCUCUUUCCUUACUGGACUGGGAGUGUCGUGAUGGCAGAGAAGAGGAACAGAGAACAGAGAAAAGGAUAUGAACUUGAUUGACAUUCUUUGGAGGCAAGAUAUAGACCUUGGGGCAAGGCGUGAAGUUUUUGAUUUUAGUCAACGGCAGAAGGAGUAUGAACUUGAGAAACAGAAGAAACUUGAAAAGGAAAGACAAGAGCAGCUCCAAAAAGAGCAGGAGAAAGCCUUGCUCGCUCAGCUGCAGUUAGACGAAGAGACAGGUGAAUUUGUUCCAAUUCAGCCAGCUCAGCGUGUCGAGUCUGAAGAUACUGAGCCACCAGACAGCUUUUCACAGAACACACAUACUUCAAAACCAGAAACAGAAGCCCUGUCCUUUGAUGACUGCAUGCAGCUCUUGGCAGAAGCCUUCCCAUUCAUAGAUGACAAUGAGCCACUGGUUCCUGCCCAGAUGGAUAGUAACCCAGUCUUCAUGUCUUCUCAUCAAACUCGGCCUGAAGCUGAAUCACCUGCAUCACCUGCCUUAGUUUUGCUACCUGAUGCAGAGAAUAUGCAGGACAUAGAGCAAGUUUGGGAAGAAUUACUGUCGCUUCCAGAGUUGCAGUGUCUUAACAUUGAGAACGAUAACCUGGCUGAGGUAAGCACAAUCACAAGCCCUGAACCAAAGCCAACAGGGAUGCACAACAGCUAUAAUUACUACAGCUCAUUAUCCACGAUGAAGAAGGAUGCUACCUGUGGUCCAGAGUUCCUGAGCAGUAUUGAAGGUCCUUUUUCCAACAUUUUACCGCCAGAAGAYACCAGCCAGUUGAGUGGGAACUGUUUAAGUCACGCAUCGAAUUCCAGCUCUGAUUUCUGUGAGGAUUUCUAUGCCACCUUUAUCCACACAAAAAAGAACAGUAACACUGCCACAACACACACGAUCAGCCAGUCACUUGUAGAUAUUCUCAGUGAACCUAUUGAUCUUUCCAGCUUCUCUCUUUGUAAAGCCUUUAAUGGGGACCUCUCGGGAGCUGCGCCAGAGUGUAAUGACUCUGACUCUGGUAUCUCCCUGAAYGCCAAUUCCAGCAUCGCGUCGCCCGAGCACUCUGCGGAGCCCUCCCUGCACGGAGAGAGGGCUCUGGGCUGCAGUGAUUCUGAGRUGGAGGACGGGGACAGCGCUGCGAGGAGCGCGCGCGGAGCUGCCCCGGGCACCCGGCCCCUCGGCAGCGGCGCCCUCGCUUGCGCGCCCGGYCCCGCUCUGCCCGGCCCCAACACACCAAAGAAAGAAGCGCCCCCCAGAGCCCCCUGUGCAAAGGAGAAGCCCCCGGGCCGCCUCGGAGCGCCUCUCACCAGGGAUGAGCAGCGAGCAAAGGCUCUGCAGAUCCCCUUUCCUGUAGAAAAAAUCAUCAAUCUGCCCGUGGAUGACUUCAAUGAAAUGAUGUCCAAGGAGCAGUUCAGCGAGGCCCAGCUUGCCCUUAUUCGAGAUAUACGUAGGAGGGGCAAGAAUAAAGUGGCUGCUCAGAACUGCCGGAAAAGAAAACUGGAAAAUAGAGUGGAACUGGAGCAAGAUUUGAGUAACCUAAAAGACGAGAAAGAGAAAUUGCUUAAGGAGAAAGGAGAGAAUGACAAAAGUCUUCGGCAAAUGAAAAAGCAACUCACCACUUUAUACCUUGAGGUCUUCAGCAUGCUGCGGGAUGAGGAUGGAAGGUCUUAUUCUCCUAGUGAAUAUUCACUGCAGCAAACUAGGGAUGGGAAUGUCUUUCUUGUUCCUAAAACCAGGAAGUCGGAGACUAAAUUCUGAAGAGCAGCACAGCUGGCUCCUGUUCUUCAGGUUGUUAUUUUUGUAUCGCUAUCCGGAUAGAUUUUACUGUGAGGUGGAAUGCAGAAUUGGGUAAUAUUUUUUAAAUGAUUCUAUGCAAAAGUAAUUCUAAAGUUAAUAACUGGUUUAUGGAAGAUGCAGGUUUAAAACUAAUAGUGUAAUGCAGAUGUAUGUAUGCAAAAUUUGUAAUCUCACUUUUAUAACAGACAUUUCUUUCUGAUAGUACCACUUUGACUAGUUUCCGUAUACAUGUAAAUAUUUAAAGACACCAUAUUUAUAUACUGUUCCUAUCUCUUGUUAUAUUCAUAGAUUUGAUAUAUAUAUAUAAAUGAUUUUAGCAUUCUAAAUAUAAUUUCUUGCAAUACAACCCSUACAGCUUCUGACACCUUUUUUAUAAAUAUGCAGUAAUGUUUCCCAUUUUCUUAUACAUUUAUAUUUGCUUUAUAUUUAAGAUAUAAUUAAGGGCAAAAGUUGGCAAAUUAUGGUUUUGAUUUGUUUUCAAGUUCAUUAAACUUUUUUACGUACUUCACGCACAUUUAUUUCCCUGCAGUAGGUUAGUUGCUGAGUGAGGCCUCCUCGCUGCUUUCCUAAGGAUAGGUGUUUGCGCUCCGGAGGCGCUGGGAGCCACGUUCCGGCACCGGGAGCAUUCCCGCUCCAUGGCCCUGCUCCCUUUGGCUGCCUUUGGAAGGACAGUGCAACAAACAAGCCGCAGCUCUCAGGUGCACGGAACAGUUUUUGAUUUUUUCUUCCAAUGCCACACACUGAUGAUGGUAUCUUYGCUCCAAAGGCAUUUAAAAUCUGUUAAUUAAAGCACGGUCAGCAUUAUGCAGUUUUCCAACUGAAAAUCUUGCUCGUUUCUCACUGAUUGUUCUAGAAAUGCUCUAUGCGUCUCUGAUGAACAGGCAGCCUUUGUCACUGCUGUUGCAUUUGAGAUGACACCGUAGUGUGACAGAAUGCCAACCAAUUGCACUGGCCGGGACCAGUGCUCAGGUGAUAUUAAAGCUGCAGAAUUUGA